AUGUGGGGAACAUGUGCCAGCAUGGUGGGGGCCUCUUACUUUGCGGGCAUCAUCACUGGCACCAUUCACUCUGUCUGCAUCUUCACUUUGCCUUUCCGUGGUGCCAACACCAUCCAUCACUUCCUGUGUGACAUCCUGCCUGUGCUGAGACUGGCCAGUGCAAGCACUUUCUGGGGUGAAGUGGGGAAUCUCUUCGUCACGGUAGCUUUUAUCUUCACGCCCUUCUCGUUGAUUGUGGCCUCUUAUGCCUGUAUCAUUGCCACUAUACUUGGUGUUGCGACAUCUGAGGGACGUCAAAAGAUCUUUUCUACCUGCUCCUCCCACCUGUUUGUGGUCAUACUCUUUUUUGGGACUGGGACUGUUGCCUAUAUGAGGCCCCAGGCAGAUUCUCUUGGGGACACAGACCAGAUUCUUUCCAUCUUCUACACAGUUGUCACCCCCAUGUGCAACCCUUUUGUUUACACUCUGAGGAAUAAGGAGGUCAUAGGGGCCAUGAGGCGGCUCAUGCUCAUGAAGAGAUACUUUGGGGGUCCUUGA